CAUCACAGGCUAGCUAGCUGGUUCAAACUGAUCAUCAAAAAUGGCUCUCAAGAAUUUUCUUCUCCUUGGUGUCUUCCUGGCUGCCCUGCUCGUCCUCUCCCUGGAUGUAGCUCAUGCAAGAGAGCUCACUGAAGCCAAUGAAUCUGAUGGAAAAAACGUCAAACCAACAGGAGGGCCAGGGGUUGAGGAUCAGAAGUGGGGAGGUGGAUACUACCAUGGGGGAGGAUAUGGAUACGGUGGUGGGUACGGUGCAGGGUAUGGUCGUCCUAGGUACGGAGGUGGGUAUGGUGGAGGAUAUGGCUAUCCGGGCUAUGGUGGUGGCUAUGGCGGUGGAUAUGGUCGUGGGUAUGGUGGUGGCUACGGUGGUUAUGGAGGAGGAUAUGGUGGUGGUUAUGGAGGUGGAUACGGAAGCGGAUACGGCGGUGGCUACGGUAGUGGAGGGGGUUACGGCGGAGGAUAUGGUGGUGGUGGAGGUUGGCACUAAUAAAACAGUUGAAUGAUACAUAAUAUAUACAUAUGUAUUGUGUUGAAUAAAUCAAGCAUGAAAAAAUUGCUUGAAUAAUGUAAUUGCUUAUAAGAAUGGUGGUAUAGUGAUAAUUCUAAAGAGCUAGGCUUGUUUGGUCUCUCUA